UAAAGGUCAAAACGAACCAGGGCUUGGCUUCAUUUGGCCCAGUACCUGACAUAAGGGCAAAGAGGCAAUUUCCUCAAUUCCCCAAUCUCCCAAACCCUAGCUGAGCUGCGGGUCGCCAGCCUCUCGUCUACCGUUCUCAAUUCGGGCGCUCGAUUACUGGGUUCGCCUCGCGCCGAUCUCACCUGUUGUUCAGACAUGAAGCCUUGCAAGCAGAUCGCAUCCAUGGGAGCCGCCGCCACGGACGAGGCCGACAGCAGGGUGGCAGCGAUGAGCGAUGCAAUCCAAUCGAGGAAGGGGAAGAAGGCCAAGGGCAGGUUGGCGGUGAAGAGCAAUGGAGCGGAGAAGCCCAAGACCCAUGACUUUUCCGAUGUUUCACGCUUGCUGAGCGUGAUGAACAUUGCAGAGGAAAAGUCAGAGGAUGAAUCGCUCGCCCUGUUCAUCUACCAGGACCAAUUUUGGAUGCAGAACUUCAAAGGCGUCUAUGACAAGCCGUCCGUAGAUGCUAUUCGUAAGGUAGCUGCUGAAAACUGGAAAUUCUUUGACGAUUCGGACAAGGCCCCUUAUGUAGCCAGGGCACGCAUUAACAAAAUAUUCAUGGCUAAGACAGUCGCUAAGGUUCACGAGUUAAAGAAGACACUGAAGUUGACGCACCUGAUGACGAACAAGAUGAUGAAUCUGAAAAUGUGAACACACAAGAUCUCUAAGAUGUAUUUGAAUAGAUGAUUUGUCUUUCCCUUUUUGCUAUAUGUAUUUUUUUUUGAUAUAUUACCCAGUUAGCAGAUAAUGCAUGUCCUCUUUGUUUAUAAUUGUAUAUUGUCAUCCCAGUAGUUAGGGGGUUCCCUGCAUAUUUCAACAUGACAUGUACAAUGUAUUGUG